AAUACAUUUUAUUACAUAAAUACAACCUACCUUACAUAGUAUACAUAAAUACUCCUUUUCCUUUGGUAGGUAGUAGAUGAUUUUUUCCUAUAAAUCCCUACACUGAAGAAAUCAAUUGAACACUUCAGCCACAAAAGAAAGAAAAAAAACCAAAGUAACAAUGGAGGUUCUAAGGGUACAAACAAUAGCUCAUCAAUCCAAAGAUGCUACAUCAACAAUCCCAUCAAUGUUCCUUAGAUCAGAAACUGAAUCACCAGGAACAACAACAGUUCAAGGUGUCAAACUCGAAGUACCUAUAAUAGAUUUCAACAACCCAGAUGAAGGAAAAAUACAAAAUGAAAUAAUGGAAGCAAGUACAAAAUGGGGAAUGUUUCAAAUUGUGAACCAUGAUAUUCCAAAUGAAGUUAUAAAAAAAUUGCAAAGUGUUGGUAAAGAAUUCUUUGAGUUACCACAAGAAGAGAAAGAGGUUAUUGCUAAACCUAUUGGGUCUGAUUCAUUGGAAGGGUAUGGUACAAAACUUGAAAAAGAGGUUAAUGGGAAGAAAGGUUGGGUAGAUCAUUUGUUUCAUAUUAUAUGGCCACCUUCUUCCAUUAAUUACCGUUUUUGGCCUAACAACCCUGCUUCGUACAGGGAGGUGAAUGAGGAAUAUGGCAAGUACCUACGUGAAGUGGCAGACAAACUAUUCAAAAGCCUGUCAAUUGGGCUUGAGCUUGAAGAACAUGAACUUAAGAAAGCUGCAGGUGGAGAUGAGUUGAUUCACAUGUUGAAAAUCAACUAUUACCCACCAUGUCCAGUUCCUGAUCUUGUUCUAGGUGUGCCUCCACACACAGAUAUGUCUUUUCUUACCAUUUUGGUCCCUAAUGAAGUGCAGGGCCUUCAAGCCUCUAGAGAUGGUCAAUGGUAUGAUGUUAAGUAUGUCCCUAAUGCCCUUGUCAUUCACAUUGGUGACCAAAUGGAGAUACUGAGCAAUGGAAAAUAUAAGGCUGUAUUGCACAGAACAACAGUGAACAAAGAUGAGACAAGAAUGUCGUGGCCAGUGUUCAUAGAGCCAAAGCCAGAACAUGAAAUUGGUCCUCAUCCAAAGUUGGUUAACCAAGAGAAUCCACCAAAGUAUAAGACCAAGAAAUUUGAGGAUUAUCUUUAUUGUAAGCUUAAUAAGAUCCCUCAGUAAAGGAAGAAAAAUGCUCUACACUAUGAUGGUGUCAUGUGGCAUGUAUGAAUUAAAUAAAAUAUGUAGCUAAAGUUGGAUGCUGCUAAUUGUGCUAUGUUAUAAUUAUAAAUUUUCACUAGUUUUAUUUUUUUAUUUUAUAGGAGAAAUCAUCUUAUGUUAUU